AUGCCUUCUACUUACGCUCGUCUUCUCACGGCCGCUUGUGCCUUUGCGACCACAGCCAGCGCUGUCACCCCCAUCACUGUGAAUGGAAAGGACUUUGUCAACAGUGAGACCAAGGAUCGUUUCCAGAUCAUCGGUAUUGACUAUCAGCCCGGUGGCUCUUCUGGCUUCACCAAGAAGAAAGAUCCUCUCACCGAUAAGGAUGCCUGCUUGCGGGAUGCUGCUCUCAUGCAGAGACUGGGCAUCAACACUAUCCGUAUCUACAACUUGGAGCCCAGCCUCAACCACGACGAGUGUGCCUCCAUUUUCAACGCCGCCGGUAUCUACAUGAUCCUGGACGUCAACUCCCCUCUGACCGGUGGAUACUUGGAUCGAACCGACCCGGUAUCCACCUACAACCCGACCUACUUCGAGCAGGUCUACGGUGUCAUCGAGGCCUUCAAGAACUUCCCCAACACUCUCGCCUUCUUCGCAGGAAACGAAGUCAUCAACGAGCAGAGUUCUUACGAGGUCCCCGCCUAUGUUCGCGCCAUCCAGCGUGACAUGAAGGACUACAUCGCCAAGAAUGCGAAACGCAGCAUCCCCGUUGGCUACUCCGCUGCUGAUGUCCGUAAAAUUCUGCCCGACACUCUCAACUACUUCUCGUGCGAGCUGGAGAACUCGACCAGCUCUCGCGCUGACUUCUUUGGCCUCAACUCGUACUCCUGGUGCGGAAACUCCAGCUACAAGAUCAGUGGCUACAACGUUCUCACCAAGGACUUCUCUGACGCCUCCCUGCCCGUCUUUUUCUCCGAGUAUGGAUGCAACGAGGUCACCCCCCGUUACUUCACUGAGGUCGAGGCUCUCUACAGCGAGGAGAUGUCCCAGGCGUUCUCCGGUGGUCUGGUGUACGAAUACACCCAAGAGGACAACAACUACGGUCUGGUCCAGGUGAACGACAACAACACCGCGACUCUGCUCGUCGACUAUGACAACCUCCAGACACAGUACAACAAACUGGACAUGAGCGCCAUCCAGAGCUCCAACAAGACCCAAACCUCCAAGAAGCCCACCAAGUGCAGCGCCGACCUCAUCACUGACUCCAGCUUCCUGAACUCCUUCGACCUCCCCGCCAGACCCUCCAAGGUCCAGCAGAUGAUCGACAACGGUCUCCCCAACGCCAACACCGGAAAGCUGGUCUCUGUUUCUUCCACCUCUAUCUCCCAGAAGAUCUACAACCACGAGGGCCAGGAGGUCACUGGAGUCAAGCUGAAUGUCUUGAAGGAUGGCGAGUCCAACACCCCAAGUGAGACCGGCACCAGCACCAGCCCCAGCCCCAGCACCAGCACAUCUGGAAGCUCCGAGUCUUCUGGAUCCUCUAGAUCCUCUGGCACAUCUAGUGCAUCCGGUACAUCCGGUACCUCUGCCACUUCCAGCAUCGGCUCCCCUUCUAGCAGUGGAAGCACCAGCGCCAGCGCCACUCCUUUUACUGGCGCUGCUGGAAAGCAGUCGACUUCUCUGCUCUUCGGCUUGCUCAGCGGUACCGCCGCUUUUGCUGCUGUUAUGCUGUGA